AUGGCAGGGUCAGCGUUGAAUGGGUUACCAGCCUCAAUAUCCCCAGAGGAAAUCACGACGGUUUGGCCUCGUUUACUCUCGGAGUUUGAACUGGGCCAAACUAUUUCCGAUGAUCACUACUCAGUCGCGUCUCUUUUCGACCCCGAGUUUACUCAUGUAGCCACGGAUGUCUCUCAAGAUAACGUCAGAUGCUUGCUAUCCAAGGCGUGCAUCCUAAUGAUAUCUUCUGCCAAACUAGAGACUGAGCGUCUAUCUGGGUUUUAUGAUCCGGAUGAGUGGUGGAUGCGAUUUGAACGAGUAGAUCGGGCUGUAAAUCGAUUCAUGGAAACAAUGCCUCCCGUGUAUGUGGGACGAAAUAAUGAGGAGCUUUCUUAUCUGGUAAUAGUUCACUCCGGCAUCUAUUGCGCGCAAAUUCAACUUCACUCUGCCCUCGCCGAGUGUGAGAUGAGACAGGCGGCCCAAGAUGGUCAACUAAACGACUUCCUAGGAGGCGUGAGCUACAUGAGGUGCACGGAAGCUUGCCGGGCGGCUGCUCUAGCGGCUGCUCUGGUCUUACACAUGGACAUGAGCAACAUGCUGCUUUUUAUUGGAAUAGCAUGGGUAAGCGUCUCGGAUAAGCUGAUUAAGGAUAUCCCUCGGUUGAGGAGGGCAGGGAAAAUUACUCAGGGGCGCGAGAAGGAGCAUCAACUAGCGAUUAUUGAGAAAUGUAUGCAGCGAAGUGCCGCAGCAUACCCAGUAUUUGUUGAAACAGAUACGAUUACUGAAGGAGCAGCAAAUUUCUUGAAUCAUACCAAGCUCUCCCUCGGAGUGGAUUGA